CUCCCCCUAGCGGGCAGCGCUCCCCCGCGGCGAACCGGGCCCGAGCCCCGCGGGAGAGGGCGCUGGGCGGAGCGGGGGGCCCUGCCCAGCCGGCUGCCGCAGACAGAUGAGGCGCCCGGCGCGCCGGCUGCCGGCACGGGCGGAGAUGAAAUUCCCGGGCUCCGUCCUCGUCUCCCUGCUCCUCUUCCUGGCCGAGACGGGCACCGCCCUGUACCUGAGCAGCACCUACCGCGCGGCGGGGGACCGCAUCUGGCAGGCGCUGACCCUGCUCUUCGCCCUCCUGCCCUGCGUGCUGGUGCAGUUCAACCUGGUCUUCAUCCACCGGGAGCUGAGCCGGGACAGACCCCUGGUGCUGCUGCUGCACAUCCUGCAGCUGGGACCCCUUGUCAGGUGUGUGGAAGUUUUUUACAUUUACUUUCAUGCGGGGAGAUUUGAAGAGCCUUAUGUCAGCAUCACCAAGAAGAGGCAGAUGCCUAAAGACGGACAUUCAGAAGAAGUUGAGAAGGAAGUGGGCCAGGCUGAAGGCAAAUUGUUUACACAUAGAUCUGCAUUCAGCAGGGCAUCUGUGAUCCAGGCUUUCCUCGGCUCUGCGCCUCAGCUGACGCUUCAGUUGUAUAUAUGUGUCCUGCAGCAGGAGAUCAUGGCAGCUAGAAGCAUCUUCAUGGUCCUUUCUCUGCUGUCGAUUGUAUAUGGUGCAUUACGCUGCAAUAUCCUGGCUAUUAAGAUUAAGUAUGAUGAUUAUGACAUCAGCGUGAAAGCUGCAGCCUACCUCUGCAUAUUCCUCUGGAGAAGCUUUGAGAUUGCCACCCGGGUUGUAGUCUUGGUCCUUUUCAGUUCUGUGCUUCAAAUCUGGGUCCUGCCUGUGGUGCUCCUGAAUUUCUUUGGCUUUUUCUUUUACCCCUGGAUUCUCUUUUGGCAAAGCAAGUCCCCUUUCCCUGAAAAUAUAGAGAAGGCUUUGACCAGGGUGGGCACAACCAUUGUACUGUGCCUCCUCACCUUCUUGUAUGCUGGCAUUAACAUGUUCUGCUGGUCAGCAGUGCAGCUGAAGCUAAAUGAUCCUGACUUAAUUAACAAAUCCCAAAAUUGGUACCGACUGGCCGUAUAUUAUAUGCUACGGUUCACUGAGAAUGCCUUCCUCCUCUUGCUGUGGUAUGUCUAUAAAACAGAUGUCUACCUGUACGUGUGUGCCCCUUUAUUAGUCUUGCAGCUGCUGAUUGGCUAUUGCAUGGCCAUCCUGUUCAUGCUGGUGUUCUACCAGUUCUGCCACCCUUGCAAAAAGCUCUUCUCAUCCAGUAUUUCAGAAGGUUUGCUGUCAUGUUUCAAGUACCUCUGCUUUGCUUGCAAACUGCCUAAGGCCACCGUGCCUGUGGAUAAGGUGGACUUGAAAUCACCGGAUGGUACUGGUGAUGAUUCACAGGCCAGUUACAAGACAAAUGAGUCUCAGAAUGGGAAUCCGCAUCAGAGUGUUUCUUCCAAUGCGUAAAGUGGCUAGUGGCAAGCAGGCAGAACCGGAAAGCUACUGCAGUUACCCAAAGAAUUGUGUACCUUGGACUCUGAGCCUUGUUAAUUUUUCUGCCAGCCCAGCUGUACUGCAUGGGUACUCUGACAUGCACACGCAUACGGCACACUUGACAUGUGUACACAUACAGCAACCAGUGUCUGUGGAUUUAUAUUACAUGGUGAUUCCACACAGAGGUUUAUCAUCUGCUUAGUCUGAAAUCCCUACAGGAGAUGUCUUUAAAUCGUAGCAAAAUGGACCUGACCCUGGUCUGGUUCCUUCAGGAGGUCUGAGGAGAAUGAGAAGACCUAGGAAAUGCAAUUUGUAGAGAGUAUCAUGAGAGCAGGCCCCUUCAGCAUGGAAGCUGAGCAUAGUCCUGGACUACCUAGUAAUUGUAGAUGACUAGCUGUGGUCUAGCUGGUUUUCUGCUUUUAAGAUAAUCAGCUCUUACAUGACAUGCAUCCGACGAAGUGGGUAUUCACCCACGAAAGCUCAUGCUCCAAUACGUCUGUUAGUCUAUAAGGUGCCACAGGACUCUUUGCCAGCUUUUACAUCCUGACUGGUGCAAUACCAUACCACAGUCCUUUGUGACAUCAGUAUUGGACUGCUUCAAGGCAUUCUAUACUAGGCUGCCUAAGACACAGGCCAGUUGCUAGCAUUGGAGUGUGAUUAUUUCUGAGAAUGGCCAGAGGGCAUUAGGCUGAUGCACUCUCUCACUGUCUGCAUUUGCCACUUCUUAGUUUGCAGAUGGAGUUUAAAGUAUACAUUGUAAUGUUUAAAGCCUUGAAUGGACGGGGUGUCAUGUACAUUACCAAACGCCUGACACAGUGUGUCUGGAACCAUCUCUAACUAGAGGCAGAGUGGGGCUUCCAUAUCAAUGGGUCGUAUAGCAGCAAAAGAAAUUCAGCUCAUCUUUUUCAUUUAAUGUUUUUUGGUUAUCACAGCAUCAGUAUUCUGGACUACCUUGCCCUGUUGACAUCAGAAGUGCCACAGAUUUGAGUCCUUUUAAAAGAGGAGCUUAAAGACUUUUUGGCACAACAUCAUCUUGAUUAAUCAAAAUGAUUUGUGUGCUUCAUAAGGUGCUGAGAACGCUUUGGCAGCUGGGCACCCCAGAAAGACAAUUUAUUAGAAGCGUUUUAAAAAGAGGUUUGUUUUGUUUUAAAAUGCAAUCUAUUGACUGCAAGUCUGAAGAAUGUAUUCACUUAUUCAGCCUUUCACGUUUGAUUCAGCGCCUUGUGUUUGUCCUGAGCCUAACACAGUGGGUGCUACUGGAAAUAAAUGAUAGGAAUUCAUUAGCUGGAAUCCCCUUUACCAUUCAUAGGCUAAGUCUCUAUUCUGCUUUAAAGUAGAAUGUGACAUCCUUGAAAGAAACCAUGAUAUCAAUGCAUCUGUAUCAGAAUUGGCAUGAGAUGGGAGUAGGAACAGAGACAUGGAAAGUUGCACUCGCUCCUAGAAUGCUGCAAGAGUCUGAGCUCUUUUUAUUACUGGAGUCUAAAUGAAUGUUUUCAUGCUGCGCUUGUACAGUGUAGCUAUUAUUUUUUUACUUUGGUCUGUGUGUGUGCAUGUGGUAUAUAUAUAUAAUACCUCAUUACUUUAUGAGGUGGGAUAGUGUAAAGGCUUUCUUGGCAUGAGUUUGGCAUGGGCACGUGACUCACAUGUGGGGUUGACACCUACUCUGUCAAUUAGUCCACUUCCCCAGGUAGAUUUGGAAUAAGUUCUUGGGGAGACUACACAGAAAUAUUGCAAAGAAAAAACAUUCUAGAUCAUUUGCAGAAGUUUCUUAAACAAUGAGUUAGAGGAACAGAUCGUGGAAGCUGUAAUUGUCUUCAGUGGAGCUACAGUGAUUUACACCAGCUAAGAAUAUAGUGCAGAAUUUUUUUUCUCGGUUCAAGCCUGUACAGUUGGACACACAGGGGUGUAUUUUCCAACUUACAGUAGAACCUCAGAGUUGCAAACACCAGAAGUGAUCAGUUAAACACACUCCUCCUUUGGAACUGGAAGGAAUCAGGCAGCAGCAGAGACCAAAAAAAAAAAAAGUAAAUACAGUACAGUACUGGGUUAAACGUAAACUACUAAAAAAUUAAGGGAAAGCAGCAUUUUUCUUCUCAUAGUAAAGUUUCAAAACUGUAUUAAGUCAAUGUUCAGUUGUAAACUUUUGAAAGAACAACUGUAACGUUUUGUUCAGAGUUAUGAACAUUUCAGAGUUACAAACCACCUCCAUUCCCAAGGUGUUCGUAACUCUGAGGUUCUACUGUACUUUGCUGAAGUUGGGUGUCUAACUUCAUAUUUAGACACCCAAUUGAUGACUAUGAAAAUCAUCAGUAGGUUCCUGAAUACCUAAGUAAGUGCUAAUUUAGCACCUAGGUCUGACAUUUCGCCCCUUGUCAAUUAAGGCAGUUUAGCUUACCCUGAAGAAAGGAUAUUACUCCUGGGGAAAUUCUGUGCCAAAAAAGUUAAAAUUCUGUGCACAAUAUUUUAAAAUUCUGAAAAAUCUGUAUAUUUUAUUUGUCAAAAUAACACUAUACAAUCACACCAAUUUCAAUUAUUUAGGUAUUUUGAAAUGAAACACCAUCAGCAACUAUACAAUGUAGACCAGCCUAAUGUCUGUAACAAUACAGACACACAAAAAUUGCUGCAGGAGUUGAGUUAAGGAAGCCCCUACAACAACCCAGUUCCUCUGCCCCUUCCUGCUAGAGCCCAGCAGGGGGGCCAGACAUCCACACCCCCUCCCUCUCCAGAGCCCAGUUGCAGGCGCCCCCCCCCCCCCCAGCCCAGACACUCACAUGCACCCCCUCCCCACCAGAGCCAAGCUGCGGGCCUGCCCCCAGCCCAGACACCUGCAUCCCCUACCCACCCCCAGAGCCCAGCUGCACCUCCAGCCCGGAAACUUGCACCCCUCCGCCACAGAGAGUAGGGAUCCAGAGGGAGAAACAGCCUGAUGCUGGCUCCAGGGCUUGUAUAGAGUUUCAUGCACGGUGCCUCCUUCCUUCAGGGCGUCCGGGGAACUGCAGCUGUCUGGCACCCUGUAGCUUCCUCCCCCUGGCUCUGCUGGGUCCAGUGCUCCCUAGUAGCAGCUAGCAACUCUACAGCCCAUUUCUGGGGUGGGGGAAAGGAAAUUGCGCAAAAAUGUGAAUUUCUGUGCAAAUUCUGCAUUGUGCAGUGGUGCAGAAUUCCCCCACAAAUAGGAUAUUAAGAAUAAUACCAAUGCAGUUCUCUGAGAUUUCUAAAGCAUUUUCCCCUGUAAUUCAUAUGGUUUAUGUGGGAUAAAUAAUGGUGGUGGGAUUUUGCCAUUUGGGAAUAAUGUGAUCUUCCCAAAUUCAGGCCAAUAAGAUACUUAUACCACACUAAAAUAAAUAGCAGAAGCUGACAUCUGAGAGUCUAGUAUACACAUAGCCAUAGUCAGUAGUGUUUUCUUUUACAUACAAAUAAUGAAGUUCUAUGUAUAUACAUAUUUUCAGAGAAUGUUCUGUGUUGUUUACUAUUUUUAUACUGGUCUAUUGAAAUGCAUGUAGAGACUACUGAAUAUAUUAAAUAAUUAUAAUGAUGACUAUAUAUGGGUUUUGUUGCAGUUCUGAUGCCUUUGCCUUAGCUAUGCAGAAGUAGCCAAUUAUAUCUGAGACAAUAGGUCAAAUACUUCUUCCAUGUAAGUGUUAUUGUUUAGGGCUGCCAUGCUCCAAAUAUUCAGUCACUACAUCUAAGAGAGGAGGUUAAAUAAACCCAUCAGAUAACAUGGCUGCCAUAUAAAUUUUUGAUCAAGCUGUCUUACUGCUGGUGGGAAGAGUAUAUGAAGGAAGGACGGAGGCCAAAGCCCUGUGCAGUGUUGGACUCUGUAUUUUAAAGGAUAGCUGUUGAGUCACAUUUUCCCCGUCAUCCUAAUUGUACUAUGGGUCAGGCUCUGAUGCAUGACUGUCCUGGGGUACUAAUGGUUACAUUGAUCCUAUGCAUGUAGUGACUAGGAGUCCACACAAAAAACCUUUUUCAACAUUGACUGUCACUGAUCAGAAACACUGGUGUCAGAUCUGUACUCUAGUGGGUUAGUGUGGAGCAUGAAUUAAAGCUUUUACCUAGCUAUUCAUAUUGAGAAAGGGACAGUGGUAGCAAUGAGUGUGUGUGUGUGUGAUUUUUCAGAUGAAUAAAGGCUUGCAGGACCUGGUUCUUCUUGUCUAUUCUCACAUAUUUGUAAAACAAAGAAAUGUUGAUUAAAAUGAUGAAACAUAUUUGUGUCAGUCACAGUUCUUAGAACUUCACUUUUUAGAAACCCAAGUUUAAGGUUACACCACAUUGGCAUGUUUCAUGUCACACCAGGUCCAUGUGGACAGAAUGUAACAUGGGUUUGUGUUAUCUAGAUAGUAUAUUUGGGAAGGAAAAAGGAAUCAGUGUUCUUAAUGGACAGCAUGUACCACUAAAGAUAUUAAUGAAUCAGAAAAGUUGCUUUGUAAGUGAGCUACCAGUAUAAAGAGACUUGAGUCAAAUAAGGAAAGGAAACCCUAACAUUAUAUUGCAAAUGACUGUAAGGUUGCCAGUUCUUAUGAUUUUUUAUCACGAAUCUCAUGAUGUUUUCCUUCAAGACCCAGAUCAUGGAGUUACGUGAUUGGGUAAGAAUCUCAGCUUUUCAUUUUUUUAAAGUAAGACCCUAGCCCUCAUCGUUGCAGAGAAAAGAUUGAAAAUGAGAUCCUCUAAAAUCUCAAGAACCAGAAGGCAAAUGAAAAUAACUUUCUCUCACUCACAUUUUAAAUCUCAUAGUUUUUAGCCAAUCUCAUGAUUUUGGGGACCUGACUCAUAAAAAGUCAGUGCAGGGAGCUGAACUUGAUAGCUUCUCAAGCACUACAUAUCUAUGACUUCUGGAUGCUUGGGGUUGGCAAGACUGAUAGCUAUUUUAAAACAAAAUAGCUGAAAACCAGUUUUUUAUGAACAUACCAGCUCCUAGCUUUUCUCUGCAAGAAUUGCUAACAUCCAAACACAUAAAGCAGAAAUUUUAUUUCACUCCCUGUGCUAUUCUAAGUUAGGGUGACCACAUUUUCAAAAGGCAAAAGCUCCUCCUCUUCCCACAAGGCCCUGCCCCCUGGCCAGGCCAGAAGCCGGAGCUGGGCUGUGGUAAGAGCUGCCCAGGGAUCUCGGGCCACUAUGGGAAGCGGGACCCACCAGUUUGUUCAGCCAGACAACCUACUAUAUUGCUGGGGGUGGAGGUGGGGGAGAGAGAUCCAAUCUUAUAAAAAUUAGCAAAAUUUUACCAGAGAAAAAAUUGUCAAUUCUAUUCUUUGCUAAAAUUUUACCCAGGCCAUAGUGGUAACCCAUUAUUGCUGAUAGAAAUGGCAAUCAUUUCCCCUUAACUGAGUAGCAAGGUCUUGUGAAAUUUUCAAUUUAUAAAUGAAUGCAGUGCAUACCUGCAGAGCUCUAACUACAGGCCAGGAUUAAGUACAUUUAGAAGUGGGAGCCAAUUGCAGGAUGCCAAUUGUUGCCUGGUGAGAUGUUAAAAAGGACACAUGGUUGCAUGAACAAGCUAAGCAAUACAGCAACAGUUUCGAUUGCAGUUUUGUGCCUUUCUGGUUAAAGUGAACUCAGAAAAAACGGGGACAGGCAUAGCAUGUAUUUGAGAUAUAAAUAGAAAAUAAUGUCUAAACAUAUUAAUGUAUGGGUGUGCGCUAGGUGUCUGCACAGAUUCCCGAUUCUCAAGAUAGCCUGUAUUUAGUAUCCCAAGAUUUUCAAAAGUAACAAGUAAAUCCACUCUUUGGAUGUCCAACUUGAAACCCUUCAGACAGGCCUGAAUUUCAUAAAGUGCUGAGCAGCUACCCUCUGAAAAAACAGGCUCCUCUAAGGUGUCCCGAGUUGGGCAUCCAAAAAUUGAGGCAAUUAAAAUCACUAGUGACUUUUGAAAAUCUUGGCCAAGAGCAACAUGCCUUUACUUUCUCCAAAUAGGACAUUCAGGACAAAAAUAGGACAUUUGACCUGAGACCAGGUACAGAGCUGAUUAGCUCACUGAAGAAUAGAAUCCGCCUUAGGGGCAUUCAGACCUCUGUGGGGAAACAGUGCACAGUGCAUGCUCACACUACAUCUACCUUAAACCUCUGCUAUUAGGUCCUCACUUUCAUGAGAAUUAAUAUCCACAUACACAUUUUAGCAGAAAAUAGCCAUACAUAAUAUAUGUUUCAUCGAUUAGCUUUUGAAAAUUUUCUUCAAAUAUUCUUUUCAUCUGGCUAACCUCUCCUGGCAGUCUACAACUUUAAUCAUCCAUAAAUGAUGUGUCCAACAAAAUGAUGCAUGGUAUAUUUUGAUAAGCAGAAAACAGAGUCAGUCAGGUUACAGAUUAAUUCACUUUGACUUCUGCAGCCUUCUGAGCUUCUAAGCAUUAAAUGAGGACUAUAGCAUCUCACUGAAAGACACUUGAACUAUAUUUAUGUCGUGGUUAUAUAUGCAUUGCUGUGCUUGUAAACAGACUGUCCGUUUUGUAUCCUGAGUUGUGCCAAAUACAGUAACUGUAAAAAAUACAAAGCUAUAUGCUUGCAUCUGCUGCUCUGCAGUCAGUGACCCUAAUAAAUUUUAUGUUCUUUAGGCUGUA